AUGCUAGCCGCACGUGAACACCAUUUCCUGGCCAGCUGCUCUCGGCUACGCAUUGUGAUUGGUGGUUGGAUAGCAAGGUGCGCGCUGAUUGGGAUACGAGAGCGGGAAAAGGACGAAGUGCCGACAGAAGGAGCAGAGACCAACGCCAUACAACGGACAGCUGGAAGAAUAAGCAGCAGCAGCAGCAGCGGCGGCAGCGGCGGCAGCGGCAGCAUCAACAACAGCAGUGAUGGCGAUGGCAAGAAAACAACGCUGACGAUGGUUUGUGUUAACGAAGCGAGUUCGCGCGCACGCGGCAGUCGUCGUCGCACCAUCGCCAGCAGCAGUGCUUCUGACGACGACGCAGCUUCAGCCUGA